UCCGGCGCGGACUCGGGUUGGGGCACCUUACGUGCUCAUCGCCCUCGGACGGAGUGGCAACGGCCGACCCCCGCGUCCUCCCGCCUCCGGCACUGCGGGCCCGGCGAUCCCCUGCCUCCCCGCUGGGAAGCGCGGAUGUCGCGAGCGGCUUGGGGAGGCCAUGGGCGCCUGGCGUGGGAGGUGGUCGAACUGCGGCCGCCUUGGCCCGCGGAGGCAGGAGGCAUUUGGGCGAGUCCUGCAGGCCCGGCGCGGGAUUCACCCGCGGCCUCCCACGAGGUGUAGGCCUGCUCGAGAGGGGAUCCCUGAUUCUCCUUUCUGCAUAACUACAGCUUCUCAAGUCGUCUUUUCCCCUCAUUUACUGCCCGUGGGACAGUGGUAAAAAAAGGGCUGUGCCUAGGGUAGGGUGGGGUGUUUCCCUUCUCAGGGCCUGUCCGUUUCUACUGGGAACCUGGGAUCCAGCGCUUCCAGAUUCACUCUUGGCCCGUCGCAGGUCUCAUCCAGGACACAUGGAUGCCCACCCACCGAGCCUCAUGGAGGCUGUGACGUUCGGUGAUGUGGCCGUGCACUUCUCGAGGGAGGAGUGGCAGUGUCUGGACCCUGGCCAGAGGGCCCUCUACAAGGAAGUGAUGCUGGAGAACCACAGCAGUGUGGCUGGACUAGCAGGAUUCCUGGUCUUCAAGCCUGAGCUGAUCUCCCGGUUGGAGCAGGGGCAGGAGCCAUGGGUCCUUGACCUGAAGGGAGUCGAGGGGAGAGAGGUGGCAAGGACCUCCCUUACAGAUUCUGCAGUUGGGAUGACAAGUGAGCAGGCCUGUGAGGACGUGGAUGCCCUAAAAUCGGAACCCUGUGUGGCCAUGGUCAGAAGCUCCCCACAAGGUUUUCCUCAGAGUUCUGGCUUUAGAGACACCGCUGAUUCUGAGGUCUGGUCAGAGAGUAAGCCAAGCUCCCUCCUCCAGAAAAACUGCUUGAACACUGGCACUGUGGUUCCCAGGAAGACCUUCGCCAAGGAGGGUGCCCAGGGACGUGGCGAGCUGGAGGGCAUUGGCGUACUGGGUUGUCACCCUGACAAAAGUAAGGGAGGUGCUGCAGAAGGGACAUCCCGAAGAUGUGAUACGUGUGGCAGGAGUUUCAGAUCGACUUCGGACAUUGCUCUGCAUCAGGAAAUUAAUACACCGAAGAAACCUAACAGAUGUCCAGAGUGUAAAAAAAAAUUACCUGAUUGCUUGCAGGGGAAACCUCGAAGUAACUGCCAUGGAGAGAAGCCGUAUGAAUGUGAGGAAUGUGGGAAAGUCUUCAGGUUGUGCUCGCAGCUUAAUCAGCAUCAGAGAAUCCACACUGGAGAGAAGCCAUUCAAAUGCAUUGAGUGUGGAAAAGCUUUUCGUCUGAGCUCAAAACUUAUUCAGCAUCAAAGAAUUCAUACUGGAGAGAAGCCUUACAGGUGUGAGGAGUGUGGAAAGGCCUUUGGUCAGAGCUCCAGCCUCAUCCACCACCAGAGGGUCCACACGGGAGAGAGGCCCUAUGGCUGUCGGGAGUGUGGGAAGGCCUUCAGCCAACAGUCUCAGCUGGUCAGACACCAGAGGACCCACACUGGAGAGAGGCCCUACCAGUGCCAGGAGUGUGGGAAGGCCUUUAGCCAGAGCUCAACCCUGGCUCAACACCAGCGGAUGCAUGCCGGGGAGAAGCCUCAACUUCCAAGAAGCCCAGGUAGUCCCAGCCAUGUUGCCCAUCAGAGAAUUCACACUGCAGAGAAACCGUUUAAGUGCGAUGAGUGUGGGAAGGCCUUCAGGUGGGUGUCUCGCCUUAGUCAGCAUCAGCUGACCCACACUGGAGAGAAACCUUAUAAAUGCAACAAGUGUGCAAAAGCCUUUGGUUGUAGCUCACGGCUUAUUCGCCACCAGAGAACUCACACUGGAGAAAAACCAUUCAAGUGUGAUGAGUGUGGGAAAGGCUUUGUCCAGGGCUCACACCUAAUUCAGCACCAGAGAAUUCACACUGGAGAGAAACCCUACGAGUGUAGUGACUGUGGAAAAGCCUUCAGCCAGAGUUCAAGUCUCAUUUACCAUCAGAGAAUCCAUAAGGGAGAGAAGCCCUACGAGUGUGUCGAAUGUGGAAAGGCUUUCAGUAUGAGCACACAGCUCACGAUACAUCAAAGGGUCCACACUGGGGAGAGACCCUAUAAGUGUACUGAAUGUGGGAAGGCCUUCAGUCAAAACUCAACCCUUUUCCAACACCAGAUAAUUCACGCAGGAGUGAAGCCGUAUGGAUGUAGUGAGUGUGGGAAAGCCUUCAGCCGGAGUUCCUAUCUUAUUGAGCACCAGAGGAUCCACACUCGUGCCCAGUGGUAUCAUGAAUAUGGGAAUACCCUGGAAGCUUCUACCCAUGUGAGCCGUAGAAAAGUCAGCACUGUAAAGAAACUGCAUAAAUGUAACGAAUGUGAGAAAAUAUUCAGGUGGCGCUCACAUCUAAUCAUUCAUCAGAGAAUUCACACUGGAGAGAAACCUUACAAAUGUAACGAAUGUGGCAAAGCUUUUAAUCGGAGCUCACGGCUUACUCAGCAUCAGAAAAUUCACAUGGGAUAGACCACCUGUCUUUAUAAAUGUGUAUAAAUGUGAAUAAACCUGCAGCCUUAACCUUAA